AUGGUUUCUGGGCAAGUGAUUUACCCAGAACUUUCCUACAGGUCUGCAUGUGUGCACCAUUGUGAAACAGUGAAGGGGAAAAUGAGGGAAAAUGGGGGAAGGGUGACUAGAAGGGGGGUGGGGUACCUGAGGGCACUUACUGGUAUGGAACAGGCUGUAGGUGUAGCAGCCAUUGGGAAUGGGUCUCCAGAUUUUGAACUAAAGCCUCAUCCUCCUUUAACUUCUUUUGCCUGGGCCCUGAGAUACUGCCAGCUGCUGUUUCAUGGCUUGAAAAUGGAGUAUGGGCUAGGAAGCUCAUUGCUUGUCUCCAUCAGAGCCAAGGAAGAGGAAGAGAAUGAGCAGAAGAAGGAUGACAAGGCCAAUGAAGACUUGUCUGAAAAGGAUGCCACAGAAAGCAGCAGCAUCAGCAGCAUUGAUUCUGACAAUGACAAUUCUGCCCCUCCUGCUUCUCCCACUCAGCCUUCCACUCCUCCCAUGCAGAGGCAAACAAGGACCAUGAUGAGGUUGAAAGAGAUUGGUGGUGCCAAGGCAAAGCCAUCAAAAACCAAUAUGGCUACAAAGGUAUUUGAUCCUGCAUCUGCAAUGUAA